UGAAUUCUUAACAAGAAAUCUGAACAGCAAAAGCACCCUGUCAUUAUUCGCUAAUAAAUACAUGUAACAACUGCAUUUCACGUAGAAUUUCUCACGCCAAUUAUAAGAAAUUUUAGUCACAUUUAAUGUCGGGAUUUCAGAUCGUUCAGUUGUUCAAAAUGUGGGCAAAAUUCUCGAUCAUGCAAAUUUUUAAAUUCCUCGAGGAUCCUGCAUAUCCUUCUGUAGGACCUCAUCUAAAACUGCUAGGAUUUACGGGUCUCUGGCAUCCGAACCGCCACACCUUAGUGGGUCGUUUCAAACAUAUUCUCUUCUACAUCACCAUAUCAUUCUUCUUCAGCCAGUACAUCAAAUGCUUCAUCAACUUCAACGCCAGCUCCCUGAAACUGAUUCUGCAGUAUGCUCCAUUUCAUAUGGGCAUCGUCAAAUCCUGUUUCUUUCAAAAGGACUAUAAGACUUGGCAGCAAGUAAUUGACUACAUGUCCUCAGUCGAACUUGCUCAACUGUCCAAAAGUAACAAGGAACAAUACAAAAUAAUCUACGAUUACAUCAAGAGGAAUCGGAAAGUGUCUUACUUUUUUUGGGCUCUCGCUUUCUUCUCCAAUUUUAGCAUUUUCACUGAACCGUACCAAAAGAAUCAGAUUAAUGUGAACGGUACUAGUAUUUAUUUGAACAUUUUUGAUGGCUACACCCCAUUUCAGAAGGAACCUCCUGGCUACUACAUUUCCAUGUUGAUCCAAACUGUGUUAGGUCAUAUUGUCAGCGCCUACGUGGUGGGUUGGGAUACUCUCGUAGUCUCAAUCAUGAUAUUCUUCGCUGGCCAGCUGAAGAUUACCUGCUUGCGUUGUAAGAUGAUGAUAGACGUGACGAAUCCAAUGAAAAGCCAUCUUAAAAUCGCGGAAUGUCAUCGAUUCCACACCACUUUGGUUGAGUACACGCGAAUAUUCAACGCGCUGAUAUCCCCGGUAAUGUUCGUGUAUUUGGUGGUGAUUUCAGUGAACCUCGGCGUUUGUAUUAUACAGAUUGUUGAGAUUGAAAACGACGUGCCUACAUUGGUAUCAAGCAUUCUGUUUGUGAUGGCGUGUUUGAUCCAACUGCUCCUGUUCUACUGGUAUGCCAAUGAAGUUACUCAUGAGAGCACCUUUGUGAGCUACAGUACUUUUGAGAGUAAUUGGCCUGAAGCUAAUAACAAGUUGCAAAGGGAAGUGGCUCUGUUAGGUCUGACCACGGAGAAGAUGCUCGUCUUCAAAGCGGGGCCUUUCAAUCAGAUGUCACUGGCCACUUUUAUUGCGAUACUAAGAGCGAGCUACAGCUUCUACACCCUAUUGAAUAGCACAAAUUAAACAAAAAACGAGCACGGUAGAGCGAUAGCCAAGUUCGAGCAACUACCUAA